GCGCCGCGGGUCGCCGCCCGCCACCCGGCAGGUUGUAAAGUCAUUAACUCCCUCAGCCAUGCCGGCCCGCGCUCCGGCGGCGGCUGCUCCUGCGACCGCCGCUGGUGGGCCGCCUCGCCGCCUCCUCCUCCGCGGCGGCGGCGGCUGCAGCAGCGGCAGCGAGAGCAGCGCGGCAUGGCCGCCGCUCCCCGCCUCCUCCUCCUCCUCCUCAGCGCCGCCGCCGCCCCCCUCAGCGCUAAGGACAGUAGUGAGGCAGCAGAUGGAGCUGGCCCCUGGGAUGAAGAAGUCACCAAGUGGUGGGGAGAGUGGAGCUCCUGGUCCACUUGCUCCCGGUCCUGUGGGGGAGGCGUGAUGUCCCGGGAGAGGCACUGCUUGCAACAGAGACUCCAGAUGGCCCAGGGAACAAACAGCACCAUGUGUGCUGGUCAAGCCAAGCACUACCAACUGUGCCAGCAGCAGCCCUGCCCAGCCAACACAGCAAGCUUCAAACAGCAGCAGUGCUCCAGUUUCAAUGCCAAAGCCUUUGGGAAGCGCUACUACCACUGGAUGCCUCUCUAUCCAGAUGACUACACCAGUAUCUCCAACAAGCCAUGUGACCUCCAGUGCACCACCCGGAGUGGAGAGAGGCAGCUGAUGGCCCGAGCACAGGAUGGUACCUCCUGCAAGGACAGGACCUAUCAAGGGGUCUGCAUCAAUGGGAAGUGUGAGCCAGUUGGGUGCGACGGAAGCCUGUACUCACCCCGGACGAUGGACAGAUGCAGGGUGUGUGGAGGGGACGGCAGCACUUGCCACCGUGUCUCGGGCAGCUUCCGAAAGGCAAUCUCACAGAUAGGUUACGUCUUCAUCACCAACAUCCCUGCCGGUGCCACGGACAUCCUCAUCAUUGAGCGCAGGAAAACAGAAAACAUCCUAGCACUUGCAGAUGAAUCUGGGCAUUUCUUCUUCAACGGCAACUCCGCCAUUGACAACCCCCAGAACUUCAGGGUAGCUGGCACGAUCUUCAAGUACCGGCGGCCCUCGAGCCUGAACUCGGAUGGGCUGGAGUAUAUCAUAGCUCAUGGGCCCACUAACCAGUCUCUGAAUGCCAUGUACUAUAACUUUAAUGGGAAAAUGCCACACAUAACUUAUGACUACACUGUACCACGGACACCACCUCUCCGAACUGCAGCCCCUGCUGUAGACAGACCUCUCUAUCAUCACCUACCGGAGACCAGCCAGAACCAUCCCGUUCCAGCCAACUCCAGAGCUGCUCAGGACUUCAAUGCCACGUGGCUCUCCCUGUCACCAGAUGACACCAGUGAACAGAUUCCUCUAAGAGAAGGGCAUGAAGAUUUAGGCUUCGGCCACCCGCACUUCUUCCAAACCAACUCCACCAGUCAGACUCAGGACUGGGGCUGGGAACAAGGUGAAGAGAAGGAGAAGUAUGACUUCCAGAUAAGACAGGUCUACCAUGCAAACACAGGAGAGGAAGAGGAGGAAGAAGCAGCAGCAAUUGGUGGAGAAACAGAGUUGGCUCUCAGGUACAAUCAGAUUUCCAUCAGCACAGCUGUACCCUACAGCAUGAGGAAAUCCGAGCUGUCGGAGAACAGCCGGGUAGCAUCCUCCAGGCUUCGUCUCUUCAGGCGACUGUGUCACCGAGACCCACACAACACUGCCUUCUGUAGGGAGCUGCAGCACCUGGCAGCCCGGCUGGCCCCGAGGAACUCCACAGCAGGACUAUGGACCCAGACAGCUGCCCGGUGGCCGCAGGGCCUCCACAAAGCGCCGGCCCGUAAGAACUCACUGGAGGACUUGAAGGUGGAGGCAUUUGCUGGGAGUCAGGGGGAAGCAGCCAACAUCAGCAUGAUGGCAUCUGUGGAGAGCCCUCUGCUAGGUGCCAGCCCAACCGCGGACAUCGGCCAGGCAGAGCCCCUGCAAGCCCCUGGCACUGAAAGCAAUGAGUUCGAUGUGAGCCCUGUGGGCCACGACGACAUCAGCUUGGCUGACAUGUAUCGGUGGAAAGUCUCGGCGUACGCUCCCUGCAGCUCCACGUGCACUUCAGCAGGUAUCAGCACCUCCUACGCAAUGUGUGUCCGGUACGAUGGAGUGGAAGUAGAUGAAACUUACUGCGAUGCCCUAACGCGACCAGAACCUACUCACGAAUUUUGCACGGGGAGAGAUUGCCAGCCUAGGUGGGAGACCAGCCGGUGGAGUGAAUGCUCCAGGACCUGUGGUGAGGGCUACCAGUACCGCACUGUGCGCUGCUGGAAGAUGCUGGCUCCAGGCUUUGACAGCUCUGUUUAUGAUGACCUCUGCGAGUCAGCUGGGCUGGCCAGGCCCAUGGAGAGGAAAGCCUGCAAGAACAAGGCCUGUGGGCCCCAGUGGGAGCUCUCCGAGUGGUCUGAGUGUUCGGCCCGGUGCGGCUCUCAGGGGACGAUGAAGCGGGAGGUGCGCUGCUCGGUGGAAGCACCCCUCUGCGACGAGUCGCGGAAGCCCAGCAGCGAGAAGGUGUGCACAGGGCCCCCCUGCGACCGCCGCUGGACCGCCUCGGACUGGGGCCCGUGCUCAGGUUCGUGUGGCGAGGGACGCAUGAGCCGCUUCAUUGCGUGUCGCAACCUGGAGGGGAAGGUGAUCUCCAACUCGCAGUGCGACCCAGCCACCAAGCCCCUGGCUGUCCAUCCAUGUGGAGACAAGAACUGCCCCGCACACUGGGUGGAGCAGGAGUGGGACCAGUGCGAUGCCAGCUGUGGGCGAGGGAUGAAGACCAGGGUCGUCUUGUGCGCGGGCCUGGAGAACGGGGUGUACAGGGAGUACCCCGAGAAGCGCUGUAAAGCCUCUCAGAAACCCGAGGAACAAGCUGCCUGUUUCAGGAGGCCGUGUUCGACGUGGUUCACUACCUCCUGGUCUCAGUGCAGCAAGACGUGCGGUGCUGGUGUGCGACUGCGGGAGGUGAAGUGUUACCAGGGGGACACGCUGGCUCAGGGCUGCGACCCCGCUUCCAAACCAGAAGCCAGGCAGGCGUGCCAACUCCAGCCGUGCCCCACAGAGGCACCAGAGGAAGACUGUGAAGACAAAACGAUGGCCAACUGCGUGCUGGUGCUGAAGGUGAAGCUGUGCUCUCACUGGUACUACAGGAAGGCUUGCUGCCGGUCAUGUCGGCUCAAGUCACCCUGACUGCUGCCAGGCUGUGUGUUCCAUCCAAGUUCAGGGGCAAGAGCCCCCUCGAGCCAGACUUUACCACUUGAAGCCACCCCACUUGGCUUGGCUGCGGAGCCAGUCCCUGUAGACCAGCCUACUCAGCGAGGAAGGAUUCCUAGGACUUAGUCCUCACCGUUCCCUCUCCACCAAGAGGAUUUUACACAAGACAAACCAUCACUUCCUAGCAAGCUACUGAGAAGUGAGUUGGGCAAGCCCGUCCCUGCUGUCAUCACCUCUGAAGAGCUCUCGUUGGAGGCGGUGGGGUGCGGAGGCCAGCCCGCAGCGGGGCACAGGGGACAGCAGCCGUCUCCGGUCUGCCCUGCAGACUCUUCCACUACAAGGGCAAUUUCCAAAACACACUGAAAAGUUCUGUGUCACAAUAAAGAGCUAAACUAUCAAA